UUCUGGCUCUCUCUCUGGAGCAAAUAGUACUUCUGCAAAUAGCUAGCUGAAAUAUAUGUACAAAAUCACCCGUGGGUUAUUUACUCCCUUGUUCACGCAAUACCCUUUUGCUCAAUUAACCAAGUUAAGUAAAAGUGAUGCAAGCACUUGCAGAUUUCACAAUUUCAGAGCCUUAAAAACGUGGGUGGUGGUGGAACUUUGCUGAACAAAGCUAUCUAUCUUUUCCUUCUAGCUAUUUUGUUCUUCUCUUGUCUUUGCUUCCAUACCUCUUAAAUAUUGGUAUGUGUAAGCAAAGCAAAAUAAUUAACCUCUUAGUCAGCACUUGUUUCCCUUUUCUACUAGAAUAGCUCUCAUAUAUGGAUUUGGUUAAUAGCAGUGGGAAUGGGAGUAUGCAAGAGUACGAUGAUUCACUCACUCAAUCAUCAAUCUCUCCUAAUUUCUUAAACAACCAACAACCACCUUCAACCCAUGUUGGUCCUUUUAGUAGUGCUAUGUUCCACCCUUUAUCAAAUUACUUUCAUCCAUCACAAACAACUACGCCACUUCCCAACACAGACCUUGAUACUAUCUGGUCCAAACCAGUUAGAUCCGAACCAAACAAAACCGAUCUUAACAACUUGUUACCUAUUUCUUCAUCGUCUUCACUACUACAGAACCAAAUCAUGAAUCAAUAUAAUAAUAAUGCUUCUUUUCAGCUUGCAACAAAUUUUCACACCAUGAAUGAUCAAACACGCAACAACAUCAACAUGCAGGUUGGAAAUCAAAACCCAAAGAAACGUUCAAGAGCAUCAAGGCGUGCACCUACAACUGUUCUAACAACAGACACUACAAAUUUCAGAGCCAUGGUUCAAAAAUUCACUGGUAUCCCAGAACUACCACCUUUCAUCACAUCUUCUCAUCAUUUCCCAAAAACAAGGUUGGAUCUCUUUACUUCUGCUUCAACAAUAACAUUCCCUCCUUAUAAUCUUCUUCGUCCCGUUGCACACAAUCUUCUUCCUCCAUCCUCUUCCAUUCACAACCAAUUUCUAUCUUCUUCAGUUGAUCAUUUUAAACAGCCUCUCAAUAAUAUAUACAACAUGCACAGCCAAAACCAAGCUUUCACCUUUCGAACAAUUCAUGAUCAAACACCACAAAAGCCACUGCAAAAGUACCCUCUUGGUUAUUCUUCAGCUCUUGUCUCAAAAACACAAGUACCAUCUUUGGAAAUUCCGCCAAGUACUGAUUCUCAUCUCAAAAUGGGUAAUGUCUUGGAGGAAUUAGGAAUAUUGAGGCAUGAUGAUCGUGUUAACUUGAUGAGUAGUAACAAUGGUUCAAAAGAAUGGGCCCGAAGAACUCAUCAUGACACCAUUAACAACAAUGAUUCAUGUGAUCAUAUGGAUUAAUUAAUUGUUUAAUUUCAUAAGUGUAAUUUGUAAAGCAACUGAUGCUAGUAUAAUUAAGUUCACUCAUUAUGUUUUUGUUCAUGAAAAAUGGUACUGGUAGUAUAAUUCUAAUGUAUGAAAGAGUGAAUUUUGGUAUUUCCUCAA